AUGAAAAUCACUUACCUUAAAAUAUUCUGCGAAGAGUGCCCUCCUGGAUUUUAUACUCUACAAAGGGCACUUACGACUGGUUUGAGUAACAUUAAAGAAACUAAAUGUCUUAAAUGUCCAUACGGAGCGUCUUGUGCAAAUGGAACUAUCAAGGCCAAAGAGAACUUCUGGGGCUUGGAAGACACCUCGUCGAGUCCUCCUAGUCUAAAAUUGUUUCACUGUCCAUCUGAAUACUGCAACAGACCAAGCAAUUCCACCCACUAUGGUCACAACAGCUGUCAUGGAAGAAGGGACGGUAUGCUUUGUGGCAAGUGUUUUGAUGGGUACAGUGAGGCACUCUAUUCAACUUCGUGUAGAAAGAACGAUAAAUGUAAUAAUAAUUGGUUUUGGUCGGCGACUGGGAUUUACGUAGUUGUCUUUGCAGUUUACAUUGUCUUCAAGCCUCCCAUUUUCUCAGGGUUACUAAAGCAGAGUCUUUGGUUUAAGAAUAAACCUGCUGAAAGUGACUUCACGCAGACGUCAUUGAAAGAGGAUAAAAAACACGAUUUUGGAUACCUAAAAAUCAUCUUUUAUUUUUAUCAAGUGGCAGAACUGGUAAUGAUUAAGUCUCCAGAGAAAACGUUUCAUUUGGUUCCAAUCAUCCCUCCCAUCAUUGCAAUUUUUAAUUUCCAGGUCAAAUCAUUGGACGGUAGCAUUGGCUGUCCAUUCCCUGGUCUCACUGUCGUAACCAAGGAACUGUUCAAGUGUUUGAAGUUCCUAGGAACUUUGCUUUCCAUUGGUCUUAUUUAUGUACUUCAUAGGGCCACUAGUAGGUCCCCGCACACAGCUCCACCAUCAAUAAAAUUAUACCUGGCUGUUGCUUUAGAAACACUGUUGCUUGGUUAUGAAAGACUUGCUGAUACAUCCCUUAAACUUAUGCACUGUGUUCCUGUUGAUAAGGAUUGGCGUCUUUUCGUCGAUGGAACCGUUCAAUGUUGGCAGUGGUGGCAGUUCCUGCUUACCGCGUUCAUAAUGUCAUUCGUCAUCCCCCUCGUUCCGGUUCUCUUCUGGGGAUCACUGAGACUUAACAAAGACAAAGUAACGGCCAAGGAAUUUUUAAUAGCUUGCGCAUUCCCUUUGCCUUGCCUUCUCUUUUGGAUGUUUCGUGAAUAUAGAAGAAAAAAAGAUGAUCAACAAAUGCUUAACAUUGGAUGCGUGGACGAUGCGAAAGAAAUAAAGCAGGUUCUCCACGGUCCAUUCCGCGCAGGCUCCAGCGAGGAUCAUGGCACCCUAUACUGGGAAAGUGUACUGACUGGGAGAAGAUUGAUUCUGUUGGUCAUCCAUACAUUUGCUACUGACCCCACUAUUCGUUUUGUGUGCCUCAGUUGCGCAUGUGUUAUUAUUCUGGUCCAUCACCUCACAGUGAGGCCUUUUGGCGAACGGAAAGCUAAUAUCUGUGAAGGCUUUUCUCUGUUGAGCCUAGCUGUUAUUUGCAUGUUCAGUUUAACCGAAGCUACGCUCAUUUCUCAUGGAAUAGAUCCCACAGGACAAAGCAAAGACUUCUUUCAUGCUGUACAGUGGAUCGAGAUCGGUCUUCUCAGCUUGGCUCCUUUGGCACUGUGCCUCCUAGUAGCUUUCUGUGCACUUUCUCAAGUCGCCCGCCUUCUGUACCACUGCAUCACAUGCCUUUCACAUGUUAUAAAUUGCAAACUUUGUACUGAAGAGUUUUCAACGCCUCCGCCAUUUGUGGUUGAUUGGGACUCGGAGGAAAUUCAAGUCAUUGCGUAAGCUCAUGGCUUGUCUAGGUUUUGCUAUUGUCGAAUCCAGAUUAACAGAAAAAAUAGAAGGAGAACAUUUUGAUAGCAGCGUUCUUGGAUGAGCCCAAAUCUGCUAUUCAACUUUUUAUUGAGCAGAAAUUUUAAAAUCAGGGCCAAAGAAGGAAUACGACGAUAAUGUCGCCUUUCACUGCGGAGUUGUUGUCCAACCUAUCAACAGAUUGUCAACCAUUGUUGGAUAUAGAUCGGUAUCGAAAUAUAAAACACUUAACACUGGCUUAAGGUGAAUAUCCUUCAGUCUUAGAAGUGAUACAAAACUAAUUAACUUCAAGGUUUGCGUAUAAAAUUCGAAUUCAAAAGAAAACCUGAAGAAAGAAAAAGGUCAUUAAUGUAAGAUUGUGGAAUAUUACUCCUGUAGACAUGAGGAAAAAGAACUCCUUUAAUUUCGUCAUUUUUCAGUAAAGACUGCCUUCCACAAGUUUUUCCAACGACACAUCAAUCUUAAUAAGUCUAGUUUAUCAUAUUCUUGUUGUCAGACAUAUUUAUUUUUAGCAGAAUCCACUAAUGGUCUAUUAUCAAUACUGCGUUCUGAUUGGUUGAGCUACUACUAGGCUAUAUGUUAUAGACCACCAGUAGCGAAAAGCGCAAGCUUUGAAAACCAAAACAAUGGCGGCUGAAUCGCGUUUUGCUACCUAAAGUUGUUUUGUCUCGAUAUUUUUGACCAACUAGUUGGAAUUUACUAAAACAAUUAUUCCUCGAGCCCGAAUGGGCUAUUGACUCAGUGUCCAUUCGGGCUCGAGGAAUAAUUGUUAAUUAUUUCAAUUCCAAUCGUGCUACGUAAUUUUUUUUCUCGCGAUGUUAUUCAUUUCAUUAUCAUAUAGAUUAGUGUCGGCGGCUAUUGCAUUUAUCAGUGCAAUUGGCCAUCGUAGCCCUCACAUGACUAGUAUUAAAACGCAUUUCAACUGUUUUUAUUAAAGAUACUAGAAAUGUUUGCUCAAUCCUAAGCCUUUCUUGCCAGUGUCUCUUGUUUACUAGCUGGCCAGGCUCAUCUCGUCUCAUGCACCACCACGCUGGGCAAACGCCUUAAAAGUAAACGAAGAGAGGCAGGGAAUAGUAGAUAUACUAUGUAACAAGAAACAUAAAAUUAUUGCCGCUUGUAGGCCACUAUUGCAACAGUUCUACCACAGACUCAUACCUCAUGAUGUUUGUGCCCGGAAUUGUAUCAGAAUGUCACGUGUUCAUGGAAUGUUUUCUGUUUGUCUCAAUAGAGAGUGAAUCAGAAAAUGUUUAUGAGACCAUUUUAUUAUAAGAAUAUUCGUUUAUGGUUAACUUAAGCCAGUUUACCAAGAUGACGCCUUGUUAAAAAACGACAGAACUUGUUUAAAAGCGGGGUUUCUUACCAGAGAAUCACAAAAUACUCUCCUGCAUCAGCCACCCACAAUAAACACUGUAUCGUAUCAUGAAUAAGUAUUCAGUUUGAUAUUUAGAUAUUGUACCUGUCAGAAUUCAAUAAGCUGCAUAUACACGGAAGAACUAAUCAAUUAAAAUUAUUUCAAAUUGAGCUGAUAUUUGACAGUGCAUUUAUAGUUCGCUUUAUAAAUUUCCUCUGGCUACGUAAAUGUUUCCGAAUAAUAUUUUGUAGCAUUUCAUAUACCUGUUCUCCAUUUUGUACAUGACCUAUUUGGUAUCAUGCCCAAACUUUAGUCGUUUCCAUAUGACGAUCCAAAUGCUCUCUUACGCACAUGUGCGUAAACAGGAUGGCUUCAACACUAAAGUUUCAGUCAAACCACUUUAAGCACUAGAAAUGAUAUUCAUUUACUUCCAGAAAUAAGCACGAAGUCGUGUUCAUAGUGUUAUGGCCAAAUAUUCCAAUAUCUAAAAAUACACCCUGAAGCAUCGCUUGCUCGAGAAUAAGAGUUGCUAGAAGUUAUCUAAAAUUAUGGGACGCAAUCAUCUAAUUUUGGUCCACAUGAAUUCUCUCGUGGCCUACUGGUUGCUGCUUCUUCCUUUAUUGUUGGUUAUCGCUGCAUGUGAACGAAAUCAAUGAGUCAUUUGAUUAGAGCCGGUUUCGUUCCCUCUCGUUUAAUUUUAAAAAACUAGAUCAGUUUCAUCAACAGUUUCAUCUAUGUAAUCUAUUGUUGUCGAAUAUCAUAAAACCUCUUAUUUGUGUGACCUCCGGUGUAUCACUUGAAAAGCUAGCCAAACACAAAUUAAUGACAAUACUUAUUAAAAACGUGAGAGUCAAGAAGACUUUUGCAGGGACUGAUCAAACAACGUGAAAUAGAGUUAAGCUGUCACAUUUCGACUGGCCAACUUAACUCUAUUUCACGUUGUUUGAUCAGUCCCUGCAAAAGUCUUCUUGACUGUAACGUUUUUAAUUUUGUCUAUUUUGACUGAUCACGAUCUUUUUGGAUCCGACGUUAAGCAAGAUUGUUGGUAACUAAACAUUCGACAAUACUUAUCAUAGUUUUAUACUAAUCUAACAAAACUAGUUGCGAGUAAAUCCUUUGGGAUCAAUUUAGGUUUCUGGGAAACUGCCCACCUACCCCUCCCCUAAACUAACAUUAACACUUACCUUUCACUUAGGGCAAAAUGAUGGCUUAGGGGAGGGGUAGGUGGGCAGUUCCCCAGAAACCUAUAAAUUGAUCUAUCCUUUGCAAGGGUGAUAACUGAGUCUUAAGAAUACACUUUUGGCACAAAGGCUACCGACGGAAAUGCAAUUAUUGUUCAUUGUUUUUAUCGACUGUUUACAGUAAAUCAAAGGAGAGAGAGAUUUAUUUGAGUGUCUUCUAUUGCUCUCAGGUAGCAUGAAUUCUAUGGAGGGCAAAACUGUUAGAAUCGCCAGUUUCAGUGCUAAGCCAAAUAGGAAAACAACCUUCCACAAAUCUGGGCUAUUUGAGGGUUUGUGGCAUUUGUGUUAGAGAAAAGUACGCCCUUAACUCAACGAAAUCAUUUAACAACCAACUGCUACCGCAUUGUUAUAGUCACUGCAAGUUUAAGUUUUGCAUUUUGAAAACCACAUGCCAAUGCAAUCAGUCGUGCUUUUUAACUUUUGAUUAGCGUUUCUCUCGCGGCUACCCAGAGAAACCCUGGUAUACCAGGGCAACCUGUUUCUUUGACUUUCUUUAAGAGCCGUAGGUAAUUAGCCUGGUUUUUCAGGCUCUCCAUGCUAACCACGAAGACCCUGGUUAACCACUAGGCUUUUGCACAAAUGGUUCAAGCCUAGUAAGCUUGGCUCAUUCUAAAUUUUAGGGGCCUGGUUAAAGACUGGUUCUCUUGGUUUGCAGAAUAACGUUUUUGCUGGGCUUACUAGGAAUACCCUGGUUAAGCAGACUUUUUUACAUACGGUUUAAGCCUAGUAAGCCUGGUUCAUUCAAUACCUGGUUAUGAACCAAGAGCCCACUUUUAGCCGUGAGAGUUCAAGGCGUGUGUCCUGAAUUCAGAAGAGAGAUUGAAGGUGGAAGAAUCUUUGAGGUGACAAGUGCAAGAUUGUGGAACAGUAUUCCUGUAGAAUAGGUAAAAAAACUCUUUCAAUUCAUUUGAAGACUGCUAUCUACAAACAUACUUUGCCCAAAUAUAUACAUGUUAAUUGAUCUAGUAAUUCUAGUUUUUCACACAGAGUAACUUUAAUUCUUAAUGUACGAAGUCAGCUUUAUUUUAAUUCCAGUAGCGCUUUGUCAAUAAAUUUGACAAGUGAUUUUUUUACAAAAUCUUUAGUUGUAGUUUAAUGUUGAUGGCCAUGAGAAUUGGCAAAUGUAACCCUCGUUAGAAAAAGAAGGAAACCACAGCGUUUAUUGUUUUUGCAAAAACAUCAUUGGGGCUGCGAAAGCCUCGCAGAUAUAAUCAUAUAUGGGUAGUGCUAAAACAUUUUCAAACUGUUGAUAUGAAUGAUACUUAAACCCUAAGUUAAGUUGUUGGUUUUCCUUACUGGUGUCGCUUGUUUUCGUGCUGGCCAGGCCCAUCCCAUGCACCACCAAACCUGGAGCAAUAAUACCAACAACAGAGAAUCUCAGGAUAUAACCUAUAGACCUAUUAUUAUUAUUAUUAUUAAGACGUCUGUUACACAAAAGGAGAAAAGUAAGGGUAUUUGUAUGGAAGGGUAUCCGGGAAAAUAUGAUUUCUUACUAUUCCUCCGCAUUCGCAAUUAAAGUACAACCAUGACGCCGAAGUGUGCGCUCCCAUAGCGUCUUGUUUAUGUAGCAGCCGUUUUGUUAAAAAAUGGAAAUGGAAACACCUUUAUAUAAAUCUUAUUUCCUAGGCAAAACAAAAAUAAUGGGAUAUAAGAGCAAACAUGAUGUGAUUUUGAACAGAAAUAUUGCGAUUUACAACAAAAAAAAGUAAAAUUCGUAAAAAAGUCAUACUACUUAGAGCCAGUUAGAUUGCAAAGAUAAAAAGUGAUUUCAAAAUGAGUGUAAUAAGAUAAUAUUAAAUUUCACGUUAAAAUUCUCGCGAAUUUUAUUUCCGAAAGCUUUAAAUUUUACAAUGUUUUAAAAUCGUGGAAGAACGCCAAAAUGUAAGAUUCAUGUAGUUCAUUUCUGUAUUGUAAACGAUAGAUUAGUUUUAUUAACUAGAUUAGGGAUAUUCAAUUUGGUUAGUUACGUAACCUGACUACUAUUACCAUAGUGAGCUGCAAAGCACUGAAGAGAAAGGAACUAACUAAGUUGUGCGUUGAAAGUAAAAAAAUGUAAUCGGCCAGGAAUAUCAUUUGUCAGCUACACCCUCUAAAGAAAUGUUAUUCGUUUUAACUCAAUUGUUCCGUUGCAUUCGCGCUUUAACCCCUUGCUUGUAAUGAAAACAACUGGCACAAGAACAAUAAACUAUUUGUAAAUCCGAGAUCCAGAGGUAACCGGUUUGCCCUCAAUCAGCAAAUGAAAUAAUCUUCACUUAUAAGAACUUCAUAAUUAAUUUGACGUGGUUGUUUGUUAGUUUCAUGUUAUUGCUACUACUAGGUAUUAUCAAGACAAAUUAAAAACAUACGUGUUUUUCAAGAUGAAGCGGAGACCCUGGGAUGGCACCUGAACCGGACUGCAAACAGCUUUGGCAACCGUUCCUGGUAAGCACUAAAAGUAACAGCUAACCGCAUUUCCAUUCGAAAAAUUAAAUUAUUAACCGCCUAGAGUUGAAGAUGUAAAAAUUAGGAAGAAUAAUAUAAAAGCCAAUACAAUUCUGGAGCUCACUGCAUAGUCUGUUUUGCAAUGUUUGACUUGUUACCAUGAUAGCCCCGACAUCAAAUUUUGCACAAUGUCCUUGUUCAAUACAGACACUGUAUUGUGAUAACAGGUCACCCAGUCAUCAUGAUUAUUUCAUUAUGUAACACGAUCAGUCUUAAACGGCAAGACUACGAUUGAAAUUCAAUAUUAUUGAUGUAAGCGAGCUCUUUUGACCACAAAUAUAUCGUAUUUUUAGUAUUCAGUUUUCAAGCCGUGCUCGCACAAAACAAAAACAACAUGGACCUUACUUCGUACCAGUUUAUGACGAAGACAAUACGUUUUUUUGGGGGGGGGUGGGGGGAGAAGAAUGCCCCUUGUUUGUACCCAGCCUUGCAUCAGACUGUCACGUGUUCUUGGAAUGUUGACGAGUGAAUUAGGAAACGUUGCAGAGACUGUUAUGUAAUAAGAACAUUUAAUAACGGUUAACUUAAGCCACCCUUUCAAAUUCUUUAAAUUGUGAAACCCCUACCCUUUCAUAUAGCUGGCGUCUGAAAAAGGUACCGCUUUCGUGCGGAACUUCCGCGUAUAUGUCAUUAUAGGUAGCACCCCUAUGGGUGAAGCACACGGCCCAGCUUAUCUUCCGCAUCAAACAGCCGCUUUAUUAAGGACAAUAUCCUGCCAUCAAAAGCAAUCUAGUUUGGCUAGAUAUGAUGUCUAGGUAUUGUAUAUGUUGGUCUUAAAUAAGCAAACGCGUGCACGGAAAAAUAUAGGGUAUAGAACUAAUAUAACAAUUAUUUUAAUCAUUUUGAAAUGAGCUAAUAUUUAACCAUGAAAACAGUGUAUUUAGUAAUGAAUGAUCUCUGGACACGUCACUUCUACAAAAUCACAUUUUUAUUUCAUAAGUCUGCACUCCUUUUAGUUCGUUAUGAAGUUGGAAAACUAGUGACAGAACUGUUUUCACAUGAAGAAUGUUUUGCUCUCUAAACUAUAUGUACGAUUCAAAAUCUCGGUCAAAGUACUUUUAACACUAGAAGCGAUAUACAGUGGUUCCAGAAAUAACAACAAUGACGUAAUGCUUAGUGUUGUGGCCAAAUGUUAAAUACUUUAAGCGUCCCUUGCUCUGAAAUAAAGGUUACUACAAAUUAUCCAGUGCAGCAUUGCGCAUCGUAGUAAUCUUAUGUUCGUCGACAUGAAUUCUCGCCUGCGCUACUACUGGUUGUUCCUUCAACUACUCUCUUUACUGUUGGUACUCGCUAUAAACAAAAUCAGUAAGUUAGAGGUUUCAUUUCCAUCCUCUCUUAAGUAGAUUGUUGAUCUAUUUCAUCCAUUGUUUUGGAAUAUCAUAAAACAUUUAAAUUUUACCACUUGGUGGAUCACUUGAGAAGUUAAUCAUAAUUUGAUGAGAAUACUUACCGUACCUACGUUUAGUUUUAGUUAGCCUGGUCGACUACAACUCGUCGCUUUACCAAUUAUUAACUAAUAAGCAAAGAUAAUUGCUGGGUCCCCAAGGGGCAGCUUAUUUUCAUCCGGCAGACGAUCUUUCACAGUGUAGUAAGCCUUUGACAACUGUUUUCAUUUCGUGUGCGUACAGCUUAUAGGCAAGCACAAUUUGUUCACUAAUAUCUUCACUUGUAUUCCAUAGGUGGUGAUACAACACCAAUUGAUUGUCUUUAUGUUUCACAUCAAAGUGGCCAAAACACACCUCAAUGCGGUUCUCGGACCGAGCCAUGCCAAACUUUGCCACUAGCACUGCUGUUGGUGAGGGAUGGAGGAAAGAUCUGUCUGGAUGGAAGAAACAGUGAAAGACAUCCUUACAGUUGUUUUUUCAGAAAGAAUGUUUUCAUUGACAAAAGUGUGGCAAUAUACGGUUUGUUCACAAAGGCGCACAUUACAUGUGAUCCACGCUAUGGCAAUCUUAUGUUUAGAUAUCCUGAGAAUCGCCUCUUUAAAUUAACUCUCUCCAACCUUGUAUUCCACAGCUAUGGAGUCGAUCUAGUCAAUGUGACCCGUUUCAGUGUAUCGAUAUCAAGCUGCAAGUUUAUUAAAAGCUCUAUCGCAGUUGGUGUUUUACAAAAAAAAUCGAGAAUCUUUGCAAAAUCUUCCAUCGUCGUUACCGACAGCGAAUUCUUGCACAAUAAUAGGUCCGUCUUCGUCAUCUUGUUUAAUGGGUGGUUCACCUUAAGGAUCUCGAGGUGUGUCUUUCAGGGCACGAAAGGACGUUUUAAUGGAGUUUCUGGUGAGAAAAUCCUAUUGGCAGCCGUCUGCAUUAGAUACGCGGGAUAUCCGGCAAAGAUGGUAAAAACAGUCGGUGUAAUUACUGACUGUCGUUUUCAAGACCUUGGUCAUGAGGACAAUAGCUUUGCAUUAUUAUUUCGGUCUUAUGGCAUCUAUGACAGUGGAAACUUGUCAGUAUUUAACAGCACCUUUCUUUGCAAUGAGAAUGCCAUGUUAGUGGUAGGCGGAUUUCACGUACAGCUACGCCAUGUGACAUUUAAUUCUACGUAUGGUUAUGCUUUAUUUGGGCGGUGGUCCUACUAAAAUAAACGACAGGGUUCCUGAUUUAAAGUUAUUCCUGGACCAUUGCCUUCUAUUAAACAAUAGAAUUGGAAUAAGAAUGGCACUUACUAAUUGCCUGAACCGCAGGAUCUGCCCACCAGAUAGCAAAGUAUUAGUGGUGAAUAACAGUCAUUUCGUCGGAGGAAAGGAUGCUCAAGCGUUCGGUGACGCGAUCAAUGUAAGAGUGGAAACACACUCACCCUCUUUACAAAGACCUAAUUUUAUCAAAGGCAUAGUAAAACUCGAAAACGUUACUUUUCGGGAAUUUCAUAACAGCGUACUCUAUAUACAAAUGCAAAAGAAUCUAACGGGCCUGAUAUACGUCAAGAACUGCAAGUUUCUGAAUAAUUCUAAUUUUGUUUAUCGCUUGGUAGAACAACACACUGUUGAGAUGGUCUUUGAUGAGGAGGACCCUCCGAAAUGCCUCAAAACGAACCACAACGCUAAAAAUUUGUGGAAUAACAAACCUCAGUUUCCAGUGGUGUUUGAAAACAGCAUAUUCGAGAACAACGUUGCCAUCUCAGGAGCAUUGAGUUUCUUCAAUGGAAAUAUAACUUUCAAAAAUUGCACUUUCAAGGACAACGAAGGUUUAACUCUGGGUGGGCAUAUUAAAAUGAAGAUCGGUUACGGUAGACUUAACAUCAUUAACAGCAACUUCCUACAGUCACGUUUGAAUCAACAUUUCAAUGCAGAGGGGAAAUUUUCUUAUGAUGGAUGCUUUUUGUAUUCUGAUAGUGUUGGUCCGCUCAUUAUUAUAAACUCGUCAUUUACAGCAAAUAUGAAUAACCAGUUCUCCCCGAUCUUAGCUGUCACUAAGAGCAGCUUGAUACAAGUAGAUGCUACCUCUAUGAUUAAGUGUCCUUCUGGCAAGUGGCUCAAAAUGGAUAUCAACAAAAAUACCGAGGUUUUCAAGUUUACGAAAGUAAGCGAAAAGUGUUUGGUGAAAGUCAAUUAUGUCAAACUCUUCUGCAAAGAGUGUUCUUCUGGAUCUUAUAGUCUACAGAGAAGAUUUAUAUCAGGUUUAAAUAACACUAAAGAAAAUAAAUGUCUCAAGUGUCCAUAUGGAGCGUCGUGUAAAAACGGAAUCAUAAAAGCCGAAGAGAACUUCUGGGGCUUGGAAAACAAUUCUUCGAGUCCACCGAGUCUAAAAUUUUUUCACUGUCCUUCUGAAUACUGCGGCAGAUCAAGCCAUUCCACCCACUCUGAUAAUAACAGCUACAACAGCUGUCAUGGAAGAAGGGACGGUGUUCUUUGUGGCAAGUGUACUGAUGGGUACAGUGAGGCACUCUAUUCAACUUUGUGUAGAAAGAACGAGAAAUGUAAUAAUAACUGGUUUUGGUUGGCCACUGGGAUUUACGUGGUUGUCUUUGCAGUUUACAUUGUGUUCAAGCCUCCCAUUUUCUCGAAGCUGCUAAAGCACAGUCUCUGGUUUAUGAAUAAACCUUUCCGGAGUGAUCAGCAGAGAACCUGCGAAGAAGAUAAAGAACACGAUUCUGGGUAUCUAAAAAUCAUCUUUUAUUUUCAUCAAGUGGUAGAACUGGUAAUGAUUAAGUCUCCGGAGAAAACGUUUCAUCUGGUGCCAAUUAUCCCUCCCAUCAUUGCAAUUUUUAACUUCCAGGUAAAAUCAUUGGACGGUAGCAUUGGCUGUCCAUUCCCUGGUCUUACUGUCGUAACCAAGGAACUGUUCAAGUGUAUGAAGUUCCUCGGAACGUUGCUUUCCAUCGGUCUUAUCUAUGCGAUUCAUCGAGCCACCAGUAGGUCCCUGCACACAGCUCCACCAUCAAUGAAACUAUACCUGGCUGUUGCUUUAGAAACACUGUUGCUUGGUUAUGAAAGACUUGCUGAUACAUCCCUUAACCUUAUGCACUGUGUUCCUGUUGAAAAAGAUUGGCGUCUUUUCGUUGAUGCUCACAUUCAGUGUUGGCAGUGGUGGCAGUUCCUGCUGAUCGCGUUCAUAAUGUCUUUCAUCAUCCCCCUUGUCCUGGUUCUCUUCUGGGGAUCACUGAAGCUAAGUAAAAACAAAGUAACAGCCAAGGAAUUUUUAAUAGCUUGCGCAUUCCCUUUGCCUUGUCUCCUCAUUUGGGUUUUUCGUGAAUAUAGAAAAAAAGAUGAUCAACAAAUGCUUGACGCUGAAAAAGUGCACAAUGCGGAAGAAAUAAAGCAGGUUCUCCACGGUCCAUUUCGCAGAGGCUCCAGCGAAGAUCAUGGCACCCUAUACUGGGAAAGUGUACUGACUGGACGAAGAUUGAUCUUGUUGGUCAUCCAUACAUUUGCUACUGAUCCCACUAUACGCUUUGUCUGCCUUAGCUGCGCAUGUGUUAUUAUUCUGGUCCAUCACCUUACAUUGAGGCCUUUUCGUAAACGCAAAGCUAACAUCUGUGAAGGCUUUUCUCUGUUGAGCCUAGUUGUUAUUUGCAUGUUCAGUUUGACCGAAGCUACUCUUAUUUCCCAGGGAAUAGAUCCCUCCGGCCCAAGCAAAGACCUCUUCUAUGCUUUACAGUGGAUUGAGAUUGGCCUCCUCAGCUUGGCACCAUUGGCGCUGUGUCUCCUUGUAGCUUUUUGUGCAUUUUCUCAAGUCGCCCGCCUGUUGUACCAUUGCAUCACGUACCUUUCACGU